GCUACAGGACUUCCAGCUGGGAAGGUGUCUUUCAUCCUUUUCCUUGCUCCUUUCAAACCACAUAUCCCCUUCUCCCUGUAAACUGUCAGCUAAUCGGAAGGAAAUCGCUGAACUGAGUAUCACCCAAUGCCUCUGAGUCACUCUCAAGGACAUGACAUUGAAACAAACAUCUGAGUAGCAUGAACAGCAGCUGGACACCAUGAGGGAGGAAGGGGUGUUGAGCCCAGCGUGCUAAAUGUGAAAGGCCCUGCCUGGAAUGUCCUGUGUGGAGCGGAACGUGGUUAAAAAAAUAGAGAAUUCAUGAUGGGCCAUCAGAAUCACACUUUCAGCAGUGAUUUCAUACUUUUGGGAUUGUUCUCUUCUUCCCCAACAAGUGUGGUCUUCUUCUUAGUUUUAUUUUUCAUUUUCACUAUGAGUGUAACAGAAAAUACGCUCAUGAUCCUCCUCAUUCGCAGUGACUCCCGACUCCACACUCCAAUGUAUUUUCUGCUCAGCCAUCUCUCCUUUAUGGAUAUCUUGCAUGUUUCCAACAUCGUUCCCAAAAUGGUCAUUAACUUUCUGUCAGGCAGCAGAACUAUUUCAUUUGCAGGUUGUGGGUUCCAGGUAUUUCUGUCCCUCACCCUCCUGGGUGGUGAGUGCCUUCUUCUGGCUGCAAUGUCCUAUGAUCGCUAUGUGGCUAUCUGUCACCCGCUGCGCUAUCCGAUUCUUAUGAAGGAGUAUGCCAGCGCUCUCAUGGCUGGAGGCUCCUGGCUCAUUGGGGUUUUCAACUCCACAGUCCACACAGCUUAUGCACUGCAGUUUCCCUUCUGUGGCUCUAGGGCAAUUGAUCACUUCUUCUGUGAAAUCCCUGCCAUGUUGAAGUUGUCCUGUGCAGACACAACACGCUAUGAACGAGGGGUUUGUGUAAGUGCUGUGAUCUUCCUGCUGAUCCCUUUCUCCUUGAUCUCUGCUUCUUAUGGCCAAAUUAUUCUUACUGUCCUCCAGAUGAAAUCAUCAGAGGCAAGGAAAAAGUCAUUUUCCACUUGUUCCUUCCACAUGAUUGUGGUCACGAUGUACUAUGGGCCAUUUAUUUUUACAUAUAUGAGACCUAAAUCAUACCACACUCCAGGCCAGGAUAAGUUCCUGGCAAUAUUCUAUAUGAUCCUCACACCCACACUCAACCCUUUCAUCUACAGCUUUAGGAAUAAAGAUGUUCUGGCGGCGAUGAAAAAUAUGCUCAAAAGUAACUUUCUACAUAAAAAAUGAAUAGGAAUAUUCCUGAAUGUGUGUUCUCUCUAUUUCUAUGUUAAAUGCCUGAAGGAUACUCAUGAGAGGUUUCCUAGAAAGAAAUCAAAGCUUCUAUUUUACCACAUAUAAGAAGUGAAUAUUUCAGAAACAUUGUUAAUAAUAAACAAUAAUAUGUGUUUGUGUUGUAAACACAUACCUCUAAAAAUGUAGUGUUCCUUCUGUGGUACCAAUUAUAAUCAUGCAACAGUUACAGGAAGUAGAAGUUACCCAAGGCGUCCUAUUCCUUAACACCAAAAUUGUAAGACUUAUGAGAAUAUCCUUAAAAAUACAAUCACACAUCCAUUGUAUAAAAGACAAAUCCAUGUUUACUUUUAUAAAACUUUGUUAAAUUAUAUUGCUAACAAUCACUUAUCAAAAAUUCACAAAUUCCAUAUGAAAUCAUUAUUCUUUGCCUGGUUUGUCAACACCUUUGUUCAGUAAAAUUUUAUAGAUACACAUAUAUAUGCACAGACACAUAUAUACGUACACACAUAUAUACAGAUAUAAGUUGUGUUAAAAUUGAAUUACUCAUCCUAUGCUAGAAGCAACUAUACAAUAUUAGAUAGGAAUAUCAUAAAAAUUGCCUUAUUUCAUUUAUACAUAUAGG